ACAAGCCAGGCGCACGCGGCAGCGGAAAAUCAAAGAAUCCCAAAGCCAGCCAUACAUCCGACGGUGUGUGUAAAACCGAAGUGAAAAGUCGCAGUUGUUUUUGGCAUUCGCCUUCAGUUUGCCGUGAAUCCUCGAACAGUGCGGACGCAUGUCCUUCGUCGCUCCGCUUAAAUCGGCACACAUUGUCUGAAGAAAAAGACGUAAUUUUUAUUGACGCGGUCGAAAGGAAUUCCGUUUCAUAUUAAAUAAAAAUAUUAAUAAAUAAUACUACAAGCCUUACCUGGGCUCUUGUUUCCUGCUAACGGCCGACGAAUUCCUGUGAAUUCCGUUAAAAUGAGAAAAUGACAGCAAAACGUGAUAAGGAUUACUCGAAAAAUAAAUCAGCAUCUGGCAUCGGAUUCACAGCCGCCGGCUCAACCAAUGGCAGCGGCAUAAAGUCCAUCGGGCUGGUCAGCUCGACGCAGAAUGUGACCUCGUCGCAGGACAUCAGCAAGCGGACAAACAAACCACUCAUGGAGAAGCGAAGGCGGGCGCGCAUCAAUCAGAGCCUGGCCAUCCUAAAGGCCCUCAUCCUUGAGUCCACCAAGAGCCAAAAUGGCAAGAAUGGCGAGGGCCAGGCAAAGCACACCAAGCUGGAGAAGGCGGACAUCCUGGAGCUGACUGUGCGUCACUUCCAAAGGCAUCGCAAUCUCGAUGAUCCUUCUGUCAACAAAUACCGAGCUGGCUACACGGACUGCGCCCGCGAGGUUGCUCGCUACCUGGCCACUCCGGAACCGCCGCCACAGGGCACCAUGCCUACGCUGGCGGAGCCGGGUUCCAAGGCGCGACUCUUGCGACACUUGGACCAGUGCAUCGCUGAGAUCGAUGUGGAGAUCUGCCCCCAUUCCACGGCCAGCUUUGCCGAGAGUCCCAGCAACAGUAGCUGCUUUGACCUGAAUCAGGCGAAGAAGUCGCAACCGGAGGAUCAUUCUCUGGACUACAGCAGCCAGGACUCAAAUCCGGUGGACUAUAGCAAGGGUCUAAAGCUAGUAGCCCCCGAGCAGAGAGCUUUACCUACAACGCCAGCGCCUCAGGACGAGAAUAACAAUAGGGGACAACAGCCGCAGGCGCACACUCCUGUUCCAAUCCAGGUGCAGCAGGCUCAGCUUCAAAGCCAACAGUCUCCGCAGGAUGUGGCCGUUCCAGGUGAGAUGAGCUACGAGGAGGAUCGCAACAAGGUGUGCGCCAAUGUCCUGGAGCAGUACAAGCAGCAGCUGAAGGCGCAGGUGCAGCAGCAGCAGCCGGAUCCCGUCAACGGAGUCCUGGUCCUCCCGCCCCACUAUGUUCAGCUGGCGGCGGCUCUUGGUCUGAGUACUCAGCCCCUGGUGGAUCCGAUAGCCACGCGUACGGACUUCGAACGCCUAAUCGAGCUGCAGCGAGUGCAGCCACACUUGGCGGGAAAGCUCAGUCCCAGUUUUCCCGGCAGCCUGGAAGCGGCUCAUGUGGCUGCCGCUGCCGCUGCGGCCUAUGCCAACAGCAUGGCGGUGGCUGCUUCCGCUGGAGUCAACGUUUCCGCCAUGGCAACCUCUACGGCUGGAACACCCAUACCCAUAACUCAGGCGGAGAGGCCCUCUUCGGUGGCAGCGUCUGUUAGCUCGGGAGUCUCGGUAUCGGAGCUCAAGUCCAUGCCACCCACGCAGCAAUCGUCUCCCCGAUCCGAGAGCGGUAUCGGUUCCAAUGAGAACGAGGCACCGGAGGCAGGUCCCCGGCCGCAGACAAGCACGGCUGCUCGCCAAGCACUGAGGCAGCGCCAGGAGGAAGAGUACCACUACAUGGCCCAGGCGGCGGCUGCAGCAGCAGCAGCUGCUGUGGGACAGGACGAGAGCAUGUGGCGGCCAUGGUGAAGCAGCAGGCAGGCAGGGGUCAGAGAUCCAUUAUAUGUACCAAGUAUGUAGACUGCAGCAGUUUCGUUGAAUGCGAACCAGCCGGCAACCGGCGGAAUGCAUCCCAACUCCAACUGAUCGCCAAGUGUGAGAGGAACCUAUUGUUAUUACCGAUCGUCUGUGUAGCUCCCUUUCGAAUUGCAUUUCCUAUCUGUGCCAA